AUGCCGUUUCUGCAGCAAAUAUUUGAUCCUCACACACUCACCAUGCAGCAUUAUUUGAAUGUCGGCAACAAUGACGGAUCAUUCAACGAAAAUGUCCCCGACUCAGAGAGUGCGCCAGAUUACUCCGCGGACCCCGCACGGGACAUUGGCGACACCCUCGCACUGCUGCCAACCGAACACACCGCGAUCCUGGACGAGGCAAUCGGAGCAUUCACACCAGACGAGGAUUUUGAGAUGCUGUUUCUCUCGGCUCCGUCCCCAAUACCUGCCCUGACAGAAGCUGGUUGUGAAGUAUUGGUUGCAAAAGCGGCCUUGCUCGCGAAAGGUUUAGAAGCGCUCCAUUACAAGCUUCAAGCCAUCGACCCAGCGUUUGCCGGACCCCAUGACAUUGGCAAAGUUGGUCAAGUAUUCUGUGCAGAGAAAAUUAAAUUUUUUGCUUCUGCAUUCUUCCGCUUGACGCACGUUCACUUCCCUUUGGUGCACUAUCCCACGUUUGGCGUCCCAGAGUCAUCAGCCUUUUUAAUCCUCGCGGUCACUAUAUUUGGCGCCACUCGCUGCGCUCCAGUCAACCACACGAUCCAGGCCAAAAAGUUUACAAAACUUGCUGAUGAAUACAUCUUUCUUGAAUUGGAGAGACUGAAUGCAUGCAAGCCGCAGCUCCUUGCUUUUUCGCAACUCCAGACACUUCAGGCCGCUGUGGCCAUGACCUCCAACUUCAUGAUGAACCACAACGACUGGUCUCUCCGAGAAAGAGCGCGACUGAGAAGACUACCCACUCUGCAAUUUAUAUUUGACGAGACAGCUGUCCGUAUAGCCGCGAUGACCGCCAUGAUUGACUGGAAUCACUCGCGAAUGUUCUAUAGCCCACCGAAUAUCACGAUCGGAGAAAUGAAAGGCAGCCUCCCAUGUCAUCGUGAGCUUUGGGAUGCUUCGAAUGCGACCGCAUACAUUGUCGCCAAAGAAACUUUAGACGCGGCGAGCCUGGCAACUAUCUCGAGACUCAACACAUCAAUUGCGGAGUUCAUCUCGACCCUCAUGGCCAAAAAAUGGACCAUUGAUGCUGAAAUAUGCCAUCUGAACGUUACUUCACAGUCGUUUAGUGUAACAAGUCUAGCUAUUACUGCCUUGACUAUUGCUGCCUCAUGUGACUCCGUCAACUCUGGGCAGGAGGGCGAGCGAGAGGAGGACCUGUCAUUAAUUUGCUAA